GUUUUGGCCUGAAAGUCACUGUUGCUACCUUUGAAAUCAGAGUAAUUAAGUGUCAUUUGUUAGAUUUAGAGUGACUUUCUUCCGCGUCGUGUUUCGUUAUCGCGUAUAAAUAACUGGAGCCAUAUAUAUGUGACAUUACAGCUUUAAAAGCAAUCAUACGCACUCAUCAACAUCUGUCAGGAGGCCGAGAAGUGACGGCAGCGUUUCAGCAUAUAGCUGGAUUCGCUGGGAAAGUCGUCUGUGUCUGGGUCUGUGUCUGGCAUGAAGAGGAUAAGAAAAAAGGCUUUCAUCAUGGGUACCAGUCAAAGCCAUGAUCCAGACUCUAGUCCGGGUCCCUCUGCAGCUUCGUCAGCCUCGUUUUCAAAUGAAGAUUUACACCCUCUUCCUCUGGACAUCCUGGAGGAGAUCUUCCUGAGACUUCCCGCUCAUCAGGUGGUUCAUCCUUGUCGGUCAGUGUGCCAUCAGUGGAAAGCAGUGGCUGACAGUGAAUCUCUGUGGAGGGACCGGUGUAGAAGAGAAGGAUAUCACCUCCGCGACCCUUCUAAAGUGCCUAAAGACUGGAGGUUGUUUUACUUCUUGUGCAAGAAGAGAAGGAAUCUACUCAAGAAUCCAAGAGCAGAAAAUCAAAUGAAUGGUUGGCAAAUAGUAGACAACGGUGGUGAUGAAUGGAAAAUAGAGAACGUUAUGAAGCCACAUCCAAAUGAGGUGAUCCAGAAAAACUUUGUGACCUCUUAUGGCAUGUGUAGGAAGUCUCAGCUGAUCGAUCUGGAGGUGGAAGGGUACAACAAGUCCUUUAUGGAUCAUUUCCAGCCAGACAUCAAAGUGUCCGAUUGGUAUGCACCACGAUUUGACUGUGGCUGUGAAUAUCAGAUCUGCGUAGAGUUGCUGAAUCAAAAGAAGCGUCCCAUCAAAAAAUUUGCUCCUGAGACAAUUUACUUUGAGCAGUGGAACGAUCAGAAAUGGAAUCAGAUGACACAUGUAUUCCAAAACUAUGGCCAAGGAGUGAGAUACAUCCGCUUCACCCAUGGAGGAAAGGACUCACAGUUCUGGGCAGGAUGGUAUGGAAUUCGUGUUACGGACAGCAGUGUUGAGAUAUGUCCAGCAGUGGACACGUAGCUCUGUGGGAUUCACCUAGUGCCUGCUUCCUGCCUCUGCCUAAGAUUGUACCUUUUUUCAGAUACUGCACCUCAUAUAUAUAUAUACUGGUCUUGUAAUCAGCACAGCAGCCAUAUUUCAUAUUUACAGGAUUGUGUAUGUAACUAAAAGGCGCGUGCAUUAGUUUCCUGCAGCUGCACCCGGAGAAGAUGACUUGGAUAUGUUCUAAUUUUUCUGUUAUAAGGAUCAGGGCUUGUAUGGUGCAGCAGCAGACCAAAGAGUUGUAACAGCUUUGUCUAUGUAUGUAUGUAUGUAUAUGUGUAAAUGAACAUGGUGAUGGAAAUUGAGCAGAACUUCUUCUAAAUUAUGCAAAUCGUAAAGUCCAUGCUUGUGAAGCUUUUGUAAAAUUGUAACAUGAAUGUAAGUUAUUUUAUAAAUGUAAUUAUUAUUAUUAGCUCUCAAGUAAAACAUAGCCUGGAAUAAAUGAUUAAAUGGGUGAAUCAGUUGUAUGAAGGCAUGGCUGGAUGUUUGUGAUCUCAUUAUUUCUCAUAUUCACAUGUUUUGGGCAGGAUGAUUAUAGUGAUGGUACACAGCUUUGGACAAAAAUACUAAAAAUCUAGUCUGACCUUUCAAGGUGAGAGCAAUGCUGUAUAUGAAUGAUGUGGUAACAACUGUUCUCUUCACUACUCCAUUAUGUAUAUGUUGUGAUACUUGAAAUAUGAAGUGAGAAACAAUACUUUACCCUUUUUGUAUUUUUCAUCCUUGUCAUCUGUCAAAAAAAUGUGUUUUAAUAAAUCUUUUUAAAACCAAGUAAGACAACAUCAUGUGUAGUAUUUGAAGUUAGUUUUAUUCAUAAUACUGGUUUUAUUGUGAUGUUUAAUCACACGGAAGAUACAGUACAACUUUGAUGUCAAAUUGAAUAAAGAUCAAAGACUCC